AUGGAUCUGCCUCUUCAAACCCUGGAAAGCUAUGCCCAGAGAAACGCGGAGGGGAUAAGUGCCAGCCUCAAAUUCAUGGGGAAAUUCUUUGCUCAUUUUUUCAAACGCGAAAAAUCCGAAGAACGGCCCGAGACAUCUCAAGCAGGUUUUAGCGAACCUCCAGGGCCAUCUGUUGGCAUACCGUCAUCCGCUAGCAAGUUUACACCGCGGAAGCGAUCCCAUAGAGGUGCUAACGAGUCCGCACAUAAGCGUAUCUGCUCAGAGACUGCCGUGUUCGAAUCGAGACUCCCUGAGUCGCAGGCUCCCGCGUCACCUGCCAGCGGCUCGACGAGGACUUUUCUCCCGCCAUCAGCAAGCGAGAUGCAGAAGCAGAAGACGAAGGUUUGCAAGAGCAAAGUAACGCAGAAGUUGGCCAAGGAGUAUGACAAUGAUCGCUGUGUGGUAACAGGACUUGGGAACCCGCAGGGUUGUCACCUCAUACCGUUCAUGUGGAAUUCUACAAUGGAGCAUCUCCACACCGCCGGAACACUUACAGGGGUGAUUUCGAUGUUGUUUGGGGUUCAUGAUAUGGCGGCUUUGACCCUUCUUCAUUCUUGUUUGGGAGCUUCAGAUAAAAUUUGGAAUAUGAUCUGCUUGUCACCUCAACUCCAUACGUGGUGGCGUAAGGCAUACUUCGGCCUGAAGUAUCUCAGACAUGAGGAUAACAAAGAAACGAGCAUGAGCACGGCAGAGCUCCAGUUCGUAUGGAUGCCACACAGCCAGUACGGUAAAUCAACGAAGCGAAUCGACUUGAAUGAGGAAGAGGAUAAGGCAAGCAACCUACGAGCCUGCCAUGAGCAUAUGUUCGGCGGUGAAACCCCCUGCUCGCCUAAGUGCGACCGCUGUACAGCUAUUAGUAAAGUCCAGGCACACAAAGUGCGCGAGCACUUUACGAUCGAGUCAGGUUACUUCUUCCCAGUAGUUCGGCCGACCGAGGACAUUGAAUAUUUCAAGGCCAUGAUCCAGCUCCAAUGGGCUGCUAUUUGUGUGGGAUCAAUGUCAGGAGCGGCUAACUAUCCCGAGCUCCUG